AGCGCCAAAAGCUUCCAGUUGCAGAGCUAAGUCUAGAGAGAGAAGAGAAAGAGGGGGAGACGGAACUCUGACCGUUCUGUCUCUACCAAAUCUCUAGUUUAUCUUUUGUUUCUUAGGGGGGAAAUUGAAGACUUGAGUGAGAAGGAGAGAGAACAGAGCUCCAGCUCAGUUCAUCCUUCAUGCUUGAGCGGUAGAGGCAAAGGGGCCUCACUUCAAAAUCAUAGCUUGCCUUUUGCUUUACUACGGAUUCGUAGCUUCCCCUUAUCUGGUUGCUUGGCUGAAAGACUAUUCCAUGUGAAGAUUUGUGGUUAUUGGAAAUGGAAAGGGUUCCAGAAUCAAGGGUGCUUCCUCAGAAACUGCCUUCUCUUACUCAGAUUUCAAAUGCAUACACUGCAACAAGGAGAGAUGCAGAUCAUAUUUCAAUUGCGUGUGCAGGUUCAGUGAGAGAAAUGGGUCAAUUUAAUGCAAGAAAUGCCCGAGUUUUAGACUUGCCUGCACCUGGAAGAACAUUGAAAGGAAAAGAUUUUUUUCAUGAACAUGAAGAAAUCAUGCCAGCUGUUGCAUUUAAGGGAAGUGGUGAUUCAUUUGAGGACGGCGGACCCAGUUCUUUCUCUGGUGCGAGUCAUCCUCCAGAACCUGUUGACAUGGAUCUAAUGAGAACGGUGUAUGUACCAAUUGGUCAGAGUAAAUCUAAUGCUGGGCAUUUGAUAAAGAACUUGUCAGUAAAGGGGCCUUUUCUAGAAGAUCUUUCAAUCAAGGUUCCUCCUAAGAAACCAAGCCCAGUUGUUCUUUCACCAGCAGAAAGUCUGGUUGAAGAACCUAAUGACUUAUGUAUAACAGCUUCUCCAUUUUCAGUCCCCCGUGCAUCACAAAAUACAGAAAACUCUCUUCUUCCACCAGAUUCAGAGGAAAAGGAAUGUGUUUGGGAUGCUUCUUUGCCUCCAAGUGGUAAUGUAAGUCCCCAUAGUAGCAUUGACAGUACUGGUGUUGUCACGGCUAUGAGUAUUGUCCAUAGCUGUGCCAGUACUUAUCGGAGUGAUGUAUUAACCAGUGAUGGCAUGCUUAGUCUGGAUAAGAAUUGGGAGAGUACAAAGGGGAGUGUCAGGGGAGAUUCACUUGAAAGUGCAAAGACUAGUGUUAGUCGAGCAAGUGAUAGCAGUGGCCUUAGUGAUGACAGUAAUUGGAGUAACAUUACUGGGAGUGCUAAUAAGCCUCAUAAAGGAAAUGAUCCUAGGUGGAAGGCAAUCCUUGCAAUCCGAGCACGAGAUGGAAUUCUGGGGAUGAGUCAUUUUAGAUUACUUAAACGGCUUGGCUGUGGUGACAUUGGUAGCGUAUAUCUAUCAGAGCUAAGCGCUACUCACUGCUAUUUUGCAAUGAAAGUAAUGGAUAAGGCAUCCCUUGCUAGUCGGAAGAAGUUGACUAGGGCUCAGACAGAAAGGGAGAUUCUGCAAUUGCUGGAUCACCCAUUUCUUCCCACUCUGUACACACACUUUGAAACUGACAGAUUCUCAUGUCUGGUAAUGGAAUAUUGUCCAGGAGGUGAUCUACACACUUUGCGGCAGCGCCAACCUGGAAAGCAUUUCUCUGAGUAUGCUGCAAGAUUUUAUGCUGCAGAGGUUUUAUUGGCACUUGAGUAUCUCCACAUGCUAGGGGUUGUCUAUAGGGACUUGAAACCUGAAAAUGUUCUAGUUCGUGAUGAUGGCCACAUAAUGCUCUCUGACUUUGACCUUUCUCUAAGAUGUGCUGUUUCUCCCACACUGAUAAAAUCCUCAGCAUUUGAUUCUGAUCCUUCAAAGCGUGGAGCUGCAUUCUGUGUCCAACCUGCCUGUAUUGAGCCCACAUCAGCGUGCAUCCAACCCGCCUGCUUUAUUCCUCGGAUAUUCCCUCAAAAGAACAAGAAAAAAAACAGGAAACCAGGAGCAGAAUUUGGGUUGGCAUCUAGCACCCUUCCAGAGCUUGUUGCAGAGCCUACUGCGGCUAGAUCAAUGUCAUUCGUUGGAACACAUGAAUAUUUAGCUCCUGAAAUUAUCAAGGGAGAAGGCCAUGGCAGUGCAGUUGAUUGGUGGACCUUUGGAAUUUUCUUACAUGAACUGUUAUAUGGUAAGACCCCAUUUAAAGGCUCAGGGAACCGUGCUACACUGUUUAAUGUUAUCGGACAGCAGCUUAGGUUCCCAGAUUCUCCAACAACAAGUUAUGCUAGCCGUGAUUUAAUCCGGGGGUUGCUGGUUAAGGAACCACAACACCGGUUAGGGGUGAAGAGGGGUGCAACUGAGAUCAAACAACAUGCUUUCUUCGAAGGCGUAAAUUGGGCUCUAAUACGGUGCAGCACUCCACCAGAGGUACCAAGACCAGUUGAGAACGAAUUGCCUGGGAGAUUUGGAGCAGUUGAGCCAGUAGGGGUUGGCAGUAGCAGCAAAAGGAUGGUAGGAGGAGCUGACAUGAAAUCCGGGGGUAAAUAUCUCGAUUUUGAGUUCUUCUAGCUUAGAAAAUUGUUAAGCAGUGCUGUACUAAUGUUGCCAAUCAUACAUUUGCUUAGUUUUGAUGAUACUCUUCAUCUUAUAAUCUCAUCAAAAGAAAUUCAUCUUAAUUAG